UUUUAUGCAACUAAAAGAUAAAGAUAUAAUAAAAAUUAGUUUACUGUGUAUGAAUGUACUAUUGUGUGAAACGUAGCUUAGUUUGAUAAUUUAGCUCUGGCUCAUACAAAAUAUUUAUUAUAUUAUGGUUUCAUUACUCAUGCAUUUCUACAAAGCUGUCAAAGUAUGCUGACUCCAGAGCGUGUCCCGAACGCGCUGCCUUAUAAGAUCCCUUAUGGGUGAAAAUGCUGCCGAACGAGGGAGCUGCCUUUGAAGGCAAUGACUACCUAGGCAGCUCCCUUCAGAUUGGACCGCAGCUAUUGGUGCGGACACCGGCACUGCUGAACUCCUUGUCCCUCCCCUACUCUGGAGAGACAGCAGAGACACGCAGGAGUACCGUCGAACCAGUCCCGCCUCCAAGGGCACCUGACACCAAAGACUUUUCGGAGUUUUUGGUGGCAUUCCCCGUGUCCACUAGUGGCCAGCCACCUACCAAGAAGGCCAGGAUGCAGCAGGGAUUCCCAGACGACCGCAUGUUUUAUGACAAGUGGCGGUGUGAGCAGUACAGGAUGAGGCAGGAUUCUCUACUGUCGUGCUUUACUCAUCGCAAGCCGACAGUGGGAAAGGUGUCGAGGGCAAUCCAGAAGGAGGGAUGGACGGCCAACUACCCUUCCCCAGACACCGUGCUGCAGCUCUGGAAGCCAGCUUCCCAAGCUGCCGCAGAGAAGGAUCCUGCCAUCCUCGAAAGCGUGGUCAGCCAGACAUGGAGGGGCUUGGCCAUUAAGGAUUUUGGUCCUGGGAAGGGACUAGGAGUGGUUGCAACCCGGCCCUUCUCAAAGGGUGACAUCGUCUGUGAUUAUCACGGCAAGAUAAUCACAGCCGAAAAGGGAAGGAAACUGAUGCAGAGUAUGGUGGACGAAGCCGGCUACAUGUUCUUCUUCAAGGCUGGAGGAAGAGACCUCUGCAUCGAUGCCCAGACCUUCCCCUGCAAGUGCCAUCCGCAUGCCGACACCAUCGGCAGAAGGAUGAACCACUCACGGAAGAAUCCAAAUGUGAAGCCAAUGCACUGCACCCUGCUGGUUGAUGGAGAGGACAAAGAUGUCAUCCUCUUCAGGGCCCUGAAGGACAUCCCUGUUGACACAGAACUGAAGUUUGACUACGGUGUCAACAGGAAGUCCUUCAGAGGAGAAGGGUUGGAGCUGGACUGACUGGACGAGUGAAACAUCCAAAGAUUGAGUUUGAGUUA